AUGGACGUAGACAUUGCCUCUCGCCCAAGCUUCACCCCGAUGACCAAAUCAGCUCAAUCAGCGGCAGCAGCAGCUUCCUCGGCCGAGGCAGUCAAGAAGGGCCAGCUCAGGAAGAUUCCUAUCCCACCUCAUAGGAUGACACCUCUGAAGAAUGAUUGGCCAAAGAUCUACACACCACUGGUGGAGAUGGCGGGGUUGCAGGUGCGAAUGAACGUGGUCAGGAGGAUGGUGGAGAUCAGAUCGUCCAAGCAUACAACCGAGACCGGCCUGCUGCAGAAAGGCGCCGAUUUCGUCAAGGCUUAUGCUCUGGGUUUCGAGGCAGACGACGCCAUUGCCUUGCUGCGAAUGGAUGAUCUAUUCGUAGACACCUUUGAAAUCAAGGACGUGAAGACCCUGCAAGGUGACCAUCUGUCGCGAGCCAUUGGUCGAUUGGCUGGAAAGGACGGCAGGACAAGAUUUGCCAUCGAGAACAGCUCGAGAACGAGAAUUGUCCUGGCAGAUACCAAGAUUCAUAUUCUGGGAAGCUUUGGCAAUAUCAAGAUUGCGAGGGACGCAUGUGUCAGUCUGAUCAUGGGUAGCCCACCUGGAAAGGUCUACGCUCAUCUCAAGACAAUCGGAGCACGCCAACGGCAACGAGCAUGA